GCCGCAUCGCGUCACGUUCUCACGUGCUUCAUCCAACAUCUCCUGCCUCUUGCCUGCCAUUUUGAUGCUGCAGCCUGGCCAGUCCUGCCCCGAGGCUGGGUGAAGCGAGAAACCACAACUUUACCCCCUUUUACUCCCCACAUUUGAUCUCUCCUCUCCACAAACAACAAACACCAUACUCGAAGCUGCAGACACUACUGCCCUCGGUCAAGAUGACGACCCUCGUCCACGACACACCUCAGCACUCCCGCCUCAUGCUGCUUCCAAGAGAGCUUGUGGACAACAUUGCGGCAUGGCUGCCCACGCAGGAUUUCAACGCCUUACGACUGACCUGCAAGGAUCUCGAGGCCAAAUCCUUCAAGUACUGGUCCGAGUGUUUCUUCAAGAAGAGGCAGUUCAUGAUCGAUCAGUUCUCCCUCCAGACUCUGGUCGACAUCUCACAACACGCUGCCCUGUCCCAGGUUAUGACCCACCUCGUCAUCGGUCUGGAUGAGCUGCAAGCCUGCCACCGCCGGCCGUCUGUGGGUUCCUUCGCCGAAUUCAGUCGAUGGCGGGAUGCAUACUGCGCCCAGAAGGCCCUUCUUUAUGGGGGUGGCGCAGCUGAUAUUUUGUCAACGGCCCUCUCCAAUCUUCCCAGGCUCCACACCAUCGACAUCCGCGAUUUUGAGUCCAGCACACGCUACCGAGAUGUAGUUGCAGGCCGAGAAGUACCACGCUGGCGGAGCUACGGCUCAUCCCGGUACCAGCAGUGGCCUCGUGAGACCCCAUGGUUGGUCGGCUUGAGCGGUCCGAGGACAAAUUUCGUGGACACAGUGUUCACUGUAGUGCUUGCUGCGGUUGCCCGAUCCUCAAGUGCCGUGAGGAAUCUGGAGGUUAUCCUUCGCAAUCGGAAAAUCUGUCUCCAGGACGACGCUUUCAGCACUUUUUGGAUCCCGGGGACCCUACUCACCAACGGCCUUCCUGCUCUCACCAAGCUACACCUUGACCUGGAUGCACGGGGCUUAACUGGGUCUGGGUUCCCAGCCAAUUUUCUCAACAUGUCCAACCAUGCAUGGCUCGACCCUUCCACGGAGUACCUUCGUCGUUUCCUUGCGCUGACACCAAAUGUGUCGUGGCUCAGGCUGAACUUCCCUCUUCACGAUGAGUUAGUCUCUUCCCCUGGCUCAAAGUUGAUGGCAUGGCUAUCGUUGAGGUCUGAUUUCAAUGCUCCACCGGACGCGCCGUGGGGCCAAGGCAAUCCAGUUCCUGUUGCACUGCCCUUGCGGAGGCUGGACCUGGGGAAUGUCACGAUAAGCUUGGUCAUCAUUCGUGGGCUGCUCAUGAAGUUUGCGGAUCUCGAGCACAUUGUGAUGAGGGACGUGCGACUGUAUUUUACUGCAAGCACGCCUGAUCAGGACGAGGACGAGGACAGGACGAGCUGUGAGUGGUCGAGAUUGAUUCGCAGUCUUAAUGUUACCGGUCCCAAGCUGAAGAAACUGGAACUGGAUCGCGUCACGGAGGGUCCACCAGGCAACCUUAUCCCCAUCAUCUUCCUUGACAAGCACAACCAAAAGGAGUUUUCCUUUUCCACCAGCAUUAAGAUCGAUGAUACUAGCACUGAUGAGCUUGCCGACCGCAUCUGGACGAUGAUGCGUUGGACAAAGGCAUAUGCACAGCAAGACAGCGAAGAUGAAGGCGAAGAUGACGAUGUGAUGGAUGAGCAGUUUGGCGACAGCGAGGACGAGGAUGAGGAUGAGGGCACGGAGUGAGCAUAGGCGGAACCACUGUCAUUUGAAGUUAGCUAGCUAGUAUCACCUCCUUACCUGGCUGAUGUCGCUUCUAUUCCGUAUACGCCCGAAGGCACACGUGUCAUUGUUUUGC